AUGACUUCCAGACCGGCACCAAUCAAGCGUCAGUCAGCUGUACCGUCCGCCGAGCCCCCGCCAAAACCGCCAUGUCAGAUUCACGCCUCAGCAGUAGUAGCCGAAAAAGCUUCCAUCAGUGGGUCUCACGCAGUCGAGCUUGGAGAGAACACGGUCCUGCACCCAUUCGCGAAGAUCAAGGCCGAGAAUGGGAAGGUGUCAAUCGGUCGGAGCUCUGUGGUCUGCGAGACGGCUGUGGUCGGCGGCGAAUGCGAUGUGCAUAUUGGAGACGGAGUGGUCAUCGGUACUGGCGCUAUAGUCGAGGCAAAGAGCAUUGGCAAUGGCACUGUCAUCGAAGCCAAGGCAAAGAUUGGCCGAGGCGCCAAGGUUGGCAAGUACUGCAAGAUCACGCCCCUGAACGAGAUCAAGCCAAACGAGAUCAUUCCAGACUACACUGUGGUCUACGGCGACAAUAAACGGAAACACAAUCAAACCCUGGCAUCGAACCCCGAAGUCAGGAAUGCGUUGCGGCAAGGUCAAGAAUUACACGUCCGCUCGCUGAAGAGGAUACCGGAUUCCUCUGCGAAAUACGCUUGA